CACAAACUCUGCACUGCACGUCUUGACCAAGGCAUCGGGAAACACGGCAAUAGCUGCUACAUCUGCGGGCCUGGUUUCCCGCCUCGACUGUCGGAGUUUCGACUAAGAAGGUCUUGAAACAUCGACAAUGGCUACCUCCUCCAUGAUGUCGGCAACGACGGCACUCCCUUUCCUGGCUGCUCACGCUCCUUAACAGCAUGCGAGCUUGCAAUUGUUGUGGCGCGUAGCGACAUGUCAUCUUCGUCACGUUCCUCUCGAGCUAUGUUUCUAUGGCUUUCCGUCCUAUCGUUGUUGAGCUUGGGUACAGCGUACAAAGAGCUGUCAGAUAGCUUCCUCCGCGCAAUACCUUCACCGGGCUACGACAUAGAUCCACGAAAUGGCUCUCUCCUCGCACCCCUCCUCAUCCCGCGCGUCCCAGGGACACCAGGCCAAACCGUCGCGCAACAACACCUCUUCAAUUUCUUUCGCAGCGAGCUGCCCAAGUGGGACAUCUCGUGGCAGAACUCCACGUCUACGACCCCCGUAUCCGGGCACAUCCAGAUCCCUUUCGCGAAUCUGAUAGUGAAGAGGGAGCCGCCGUGGGUGAAACCAGGACAAGCGAACUUGCUUACGCUGGUUGCGCAUUACGAUAGCAAGUACAUGCCGAAAGGGUUUGUGGGCGCAACCGAUAGCGCAGCACCAUGUGCGAUGCUGAUGCAUGUUGCGAAGGUGGUGGAUACGUAUGUAAGCCAGAUGUAUGAUGAGAUGGCGGAACUCGGGGAGGGCGGGAGUGUGGAGAUGGAUAUGGGGGUUCAGAUUCUGUUUCUGGAUGGAGAGGAAGCGUUUGAGAAAUGGAGUGAUACGGAUUCGCUAUAUGGUUCCAGGGCAUUGGCACAGCAAUGGGCCACCGAACGCAACCCAGCCAGCGAAAAAUUCUACAAAUACCGUACGCCCCUCUCCCAGAUCUCCCUCUUCCUACUCCUCGACCUCCUCGGCGCUCCAAAUCCUAUGGUGCCGUCCUACUUCCCCACCACACACUGGGCCUACGUGUCCCUCUCCAAAGUCGAAUCCCGCAUGCGCUCGCUCCACCUCCUCGAGACCUCACCGUCCGACCCCUUCCUCCCCGACCACAACAUGACAAUGGCGAGAGGACAAAUUUCAGAUGACCAUCUACCGUUCAUUGCGAGAGGGGUCGAGACGUUACAUAUUAUUCCGAGUCCGUUUCCACAUGUGUGGCAUAGCUUGGAGGAUAAUGCAGAGAAUUUGGAUAUGGAAACCGUGCGGGAUUGGAGUAAGAUUGUCAGUGCGUUUGUGCUUGAGUGGCUGGAUAUGAUGGAGGUGUGGUAUGGGGACGAGGAAAGUGCCAUUCCUUGAAGUUGAGGUGUACAGACAGGUGAAAAGAAAAGCUGGGCCACCAUCGCCGAGUCGAGAGGUUAGAGACACCAGGAGCAAGGGAAAGCAAGAGAGGAGGGAGCUGUUGAAAGGGAAGCAGGAUGCGCUCCGAAUUGAACAGUAGGUGUUCUAGCUAGAGAUACCCCGACGCUGGCAGCAGAGAAGGGUUGCCCUAGUUGCCUUGCUCUAAGAACAGCGGCAAGCCGCAUUCAGCAU